AUGAAUCACCUUCCUGUACCAGAAAAUCGGCAACGCCCUUCACGUCGAGUCCUGCUUUUUGGAUACUACGACAUACCAUUCCUCGGCCAAAUUGCCGAAUCCAACGACAACUUUUACGCCUACGCAGAAGCGCACAGUCUCGCAGACCGAGAUGAGAAGUACACACCAAACUUGUCUAGGCUCCAGGAAUUGGAGGACGCUGACAUAUACUUUGCCAGAGUACAAGCAUGGCUUUACUUUGGACUAAUCGCGGACACUUUCGGGGCCAGAACAUGCGCACAGGACUUUAUCGUCACCAACCCUUCCUCGAAUGGGCAAAUCAUCAACUCGACCAAGCUGAAGCUAUACAUGUCGCAAUGGCGUGUUCGGGUGGGUAAGAUGCGAAAGGAAGCCAAAGACGAACGGAUUCAGCGCGUGAAAAAUUCAACCACUGCGGGUUGGAAAUUCUGUGACCAACUUGAUCAUUAUGGGGUUCCGACCACCGAGGUGCACAUGCUAAUCGUUUUCUCCAUAAGGAUUCUGAUUUGUUCUCUCUGGGAUAUGCUAUGGGCGAGCGAUAUGGGCGGUGCACAUUUGAACGACGAAUUCAAGAUUUCGGUUGAUAUCGUCCGGUGGCCGCAUUUACCGGCAUCCUACCGACCUCUCGCGGUGCUUAUGGUUGAGUACGACUGGUGCUUCCACGAGGUAUUGAGACUGCUGGAUACUUACCGUCUUACUACUGUGUGGUCAAUCACAUGCCUGCAGGGGAGGGAUGCAUCACAACUUGAUCAUGGUCGUUGUGCCGAUGCUUCGAAAUGCGUGGCGCGCGACGUCGACCCUGUCAACCAUCAAGCUCAGCACUUGACACGGGAAUGCACGUGCGAAGCAAUAGGGCCGGAUGUCGAUGAGGUCAGCAAAAUCCUCAAAACUGGUGGCAUUCCUCUGGUCAGGUGCACAGUCCACGAUGACGGCCGCGUGAGCUUAAAAGUUAUUCCGGCGAAGGGCAGUAAGCGCCAUAUUGCAUUCAGCCACGUCUGGGCUGAUGGUAUGGUCAUUCCAAUGCAAAACAAAGUCUUCCGAUGUCGAUUCCUUAAGCUCGCCUCCUAUCUGAGGAGGGCCCGUCCACGAGUACAGGCGGAGAGACUAUUUUAUCUGCCUUUCGCUCCCUUUCUGGCUCGCAACGUCUUCAAGGGACCGAAGUCGUUCGACAUCUGGCUUGAUAUAUUCUGCAUCCCAUCGGCUGUGCGUCCGGAGUUUCGAGAGCUCCGCAAACAGGCAAUGGCACGUAUCUACCCUGUGUUUGCAGGCGCCGAAGCUGUUUUGGUUGUCGACAAAGCAUUGACAGAAGUCAAAAAUACCGACAUGUCGACCACGGAAACCAUGGCACGAGUCGCGUCCUCGGGCUGGAUGACACGUUGUUGGACAUUCUCUGAAGCAUCACUGGCCCAACAGUCCAUUAUGCUUUUCUGCAUCGGCGACAGACUCAUUGAGUAUAAUGAUUUCCAACGUUACACGAAAGUUUUCAAAAAGCUCGACCUUCCUUCCAGAAGCCUCUUGAGCGACUUGCUGCGGACCGCGUUCUAUCCAUUCCAUAUCGCAUGGCUUGCUUCACAACCGGUGGUUUCAGAAUACGUCGGGUUCGCCUUCGUGUGGAACGCAUUGACAGCUCGGUCAACGUCGUGGCCAGACGAUGCUUGGGGAAUCAUGGCUACUCUACUUGGAUAUAGCAGCAAAGAGAUCAUGAAUCUGCCGGAGCGGGAUCGACUCCCUGCGAUGAUGCACGAUCUGCCCAAAGUCCCGGCGUCUUUCUUCUUUCGCGAUCUCCCCCGAUCAGCCUCAGUUCCGGCACACAUGCGAUGGAUUCCUACCCAGAUUCAAGGACAAAUACGAGAUGCCGACGGGACGUUUGCUUUUGCCGAAGGUGGGAUCGUGUUUCCUCCGAGUCUCAAGUUCAAGUUCAUCCUCGGUGUGAAAGGCCAACUUCCACAUACAUUUUCAUUCGAACUAGCUCAUGAAGACUGGCAACGAAGACAACUACCGAUCAGUUUUGAGGUGACUAUUCAUGACCACGGUGCCCUCACAGAGCACGUGAGGGGCACGGCCCAGAUCUGCAUCCUCCUACCCUGGACCGAAGGUCGAUCAGGCGAUAGCGAAACAAAGUACAUCAGCGGCAAUGGCUGCUGCCUCCUUGUCCGGCACAUCCGACCAGAUUCAAUCGUCGAAGCCGACUUCCUCUCUUCCAUAUCCUACAAAUUCACCCAACAGAAACAGCAAAGUCACUUUCAAGCCAGCACGGCAGGCCCGAUCGUGGUAAUCCCCUGCAAUCGCGAACAGUGGUACCAACCCAAGACGCGAAGGAAGAGACACUCAUUACCACCAUGGACCACCGCCAGGAUUCUUUACUUCGGUGUACCUGCGGUGUUAGUCUUCAUCAUGGCGGCCACGAUGAUUCCACUGUGGGUGUGGUAUAGGACGACAGGCCAAUCGUCGCACACGCGAGAUAUCCUCGUCUUCUCAACAUGCGGGUUUGCUCUUUCUAUUGUUGCCGUGCAGUUUGCGGUGAUUUUCCACGAGAAGAUCCUGAUCGGGAAUUGGAUUGAUAGUUUUGAGGACAGGGAAGGACCGAACCCCCCGUGGUGGAGGAGGAUCAUGCCGCUCUUCUGA